AUGAUCGACAUCAUGUUGGAUAGUCUAUCUAACCGUCCAUUCGGGCCAUCCAUGGUCAUCAAACCGAUACCCACGGUCGGGUUCGCGAGUAGCCCAGCUCUCAUUAAGAGCCAGACUACCAUCGAGACAGUGCCGCACGGGCUGUCCAUCACCUGUUCUACUGAGGCUGCUAUGAAGUGA